AUGUCGGCUGCCCUGCAGAGCUCUCGUCAUCAGCCACCACCUGCUUUGACGUCGUCUCCUCUGCCAGCGCCCAACAAUCGUCAAUACAUGUCCGCGCACGCUUCACCGGCCCACGAAUCCUACGGCUCGCUCCCAAUCUCGCCCACGUCGCAGUCCUCGGGUCGUCCGCCUUCGCGCAAGACCAGCGCUGCCGCUCAUCCGAACGACAUCGCCGCCACCACCACCCUCGCCUCGAGGCCUGCCAACAACGCUGCCUUCAAUUACAAUAGCCCCCAGUCUGUCUUCGCCGACCCUUCGUCCGGCAUGGCUCCCUCCGCGCCGCCCCGGACCUCGUCCAGCCACCAAAAUGGCUCCUCGCGGAAAUACACGCCUGAUAAGCUCGCUGACCCCUCGAGGCACGUCCACGCUGAAUCCAGCAGAGGCGAGCAUCGCCACGCUGACCAGAACGGUCACUACGACUCUCCCAAGUCUCGUCGCACGCCGCCCUCUCACAUUGCCCACCAGGAUGCCUCCCGGCAACCCGGUAGUCGCGAUGGUCGCCAGCACGAGACUGUCAUGCCCAUCCGCACCCAUCAGACCGACAGCCCCAGGCGUGCUGCCGAAGCCCCCGACACCGUCGGUCUAAUAACCACGAAUCCUGACCAGUCGAGCUAUCGCCAGAGUCCGUCCAGAGACAGCGCUCCCGCGCCGUCGGUUCCCACAGGAACGCCUGACGAGCGUCGCCGGCGACAGGAGCACCCGCGAACCCACAGGACCUCGAAGUUCGGCGACUUCAUUCUUGGAAACACAAUUGGCGAGGGUGAAUUUGGCAAGGUUAAACUUGGUUGGAAGCAAGACAGCAGUGUGCAGGCAAGUCUCGUUCCACAAACAAUUCCAUGUCACGCCUCCUUUUGCGAUGCACUAACAUCCAUCCAACAGGUUGCCAUAAAGCUGAUCAAACGCGAUACUGUGGGAUCAAACCCGUCCCGCCUAGCCAAAAUUCGGCGUGAAGUUACCAUUCUGCGUGGCCUACACCACCCCAACAUUGUCCGAUUGUUCGACAUGGUUGAAACUGAUAGAUAUAUUGGCAUUAUCCUCGAAUAUGCAUCUGGCGGCGAACUCUUCGACUAUAUUUUAAACCACAGAUACCUCAAAGACAGCUCAGCCCGGCGACUCUUUGCGCAGCUCGUGUCCGGUGUUGGCUACCUGCACAAGAAGGGCAUCGUCCAUCGCGACCUCAAGCUCGAGAACCUACUCUUGGACAGCAACCGCAACAUUAUUAUUACCGAUUUCGGCUUUGCCAACACCUUUGAUCCCCACGAGGAGCUUUCGGAAGACGAGGAGAAUAAGCUGGGAGAUCGCGAGCAGGUCAAGCGCCUGGGUCUUGAUAGAAUACGCUCCAACGGCAUGCGCAAGGGUGAUCUCAUGCAAACCAGCUGCGGAUCCCCUUGCUAUGCGGCGCCUGAACUUGUCGUCAGCGAUUCCUUGUAUACUGGCCGCAAGGUUGAUGUUUGGAGUUGCGGUGUUAUUCUGUAUGCCAUGCUUGCUGGCUAUUUACCCUUUGACGACGACCCUGCCAAUCCCGAAGGCGACAAUAUCAACUUGCUAUACAAAUAUAUCGUGUCCACCCCCCUCACCUUUCCCGAAUAUGUUACGCCACAUGCUCGCGACCUCCUCCGCCGAAUCCUCGUUCCCUUACCUCGAAAGCGCGCUGAUCUCUUCGAAGUUGCCCGGCACAGCUGGCUCAGUGAAUACGCGCACGUUGUUGAAUUCAUCACCAGCUCAACUACCUCACCGAUGGACGUGCAAAACGGCAGCACUGGUCUCGACGAGUUUGACGCGCAAAACUCCAACACUGGUAUUGGGGAGUUUGAUGCCCCUAUGAUCACGCGCAGCGCAUCGGUUCGCGAGGCCGCCAAACAACGAUCCCCGCAGCCCGCUGUCGGUGGUCUCUCCAAGGCCUAUGCCAAAAUCGAUUCUCCGACCGACUCUUCACACCGCACUACAAAGGAUGCCAAGCGCCGCACUGUGCAGGUCGAGUACGUUGCGCCCACGACGCAAACCCAGCGUGGCGUCGACGAGCACGGUCGGGAUCUCGCAGCCACCUCAUACUCCGCGCCUCGCGACAAGCCUCUUCCCAUGGAACCUGCGCCGCGAGACAAGUACGGCCGUUCGGGACAGCAGAAGGCUCCUCCUGUAUCCAUCAACUCGACCAAGCCUGGGGACGGCCGUUCUGGAACCGACAAUGCCUACUUGUCUGGUGCGGGCUCAGGCGCACGACCUCAGACCGGAGGUUCCAUGCAGUCUACUGGAUCUAUGGGCCUACAGUCCCGAGUGCUCAACUACGGUCAGCCGGCGCCACCUACUGUCGAGAACACGAAUGCACAAGGACGUAUCCAGCAGCCAGCUCAUGCUGAAGACGAACUGGUGAACCGCAAUAGUAUGACUGUGCCACCCAAGUUUGCUCGUGUAUCUGGUUUCAACGAUUCUCCUCGCCCCGUUGGCGAGGUUCGUGGCCACAAACGCUCAAGCACGCUUGGUGAUCUUGGCUCCAAGAUUCUCGGGCGUAGCGGCUCAGUAUUUGGCAGGAAGGGCAAGCGUCCGGAGCCUCAAAUGGCAGAGAAGAAGAAAUAUCCCCCCAUUAGCAUUGCCAACAACAUGGCUGGUGAGGAGCCGGGCCGUGCUUCGAUGGAUUCCAAGUUCUCGGGGGGCCGUCGUUCAUUUUCCCUCGGUCUUGGCAAGAAACGAAGUGGCAGUAUAGCACCCUCACAAGGCUCAGAUGAGAAGAAGGAGAAACGUCGGUUCUCUUUGCUUCCAGCAUCGUUUUCCUUGAAGGCGAUUGGCUUGGGCAAGGAUAAUGGCGAUUCGACACCAUCUGAUGCUGGAUCGCGAAACGAUCUACCUAUCCAGGAUCCUCGAGCUGAGCAUGUGAGAAACUUUACUGCUCCUGGCGAUGCCAGAGGUAGCACUCCGUUCUUUGACGACCUGCCCGCCAACAACAACGCCGUUGCGCAACCACCCGCCAGUUCGAGCCCCGGUCAUCAGAGGUUCCAACCGGCACAGCUGGAUGGGCGCGGCGUGGAUGCGACCCCCACGUAUGUCCGACGAGGAUCGCAAUAUAGAAAUGGCUCACAAUCGCCUGCGGAUAUGCGUCGACCACCCACGGAGCCCCAGGUGGGAUCAUACCGCGCCGGCGUACAUACGCCAGAAGGCUAUGAUGGCCGCCGAGUCGGGACGAGUGGUGGGCACCCACACCGCGGGACGCUCCAGAAGAGCAACAAGCGAUUUACGGACGCCUACGAACAGGGCGGAUUCCAGGGCCACGAGGGCAGCAGCGGCGCCGCCAAGCGUGUGAUGGACUUUUUCCGACGACGCGGCAAGGCCAGAGGCGGCGACGAGUGA